AUGGAAAAGGGGAGAACAUCCCUUCCUACACCUCUCCUACCUUCGACUCUUCUUCCCUCCCCUCCUCCCCCGCACCCCUUCCAUUCCCUCUCAUCCUAUCCGAUCGUUUUGUUGCUGUUGGAGCCAAAGGGCAUCAUCAGCUCAGGAAUGAAUCCUACUAAGGCACCUCCAUCAUCAUCAGCAACAUCAUCAUCAUCAUCAUCAUCAUCCUACAAGGGUCUAUUUCCGGAUGCACCAACCAUCCGUCUCAUCGAUCCGAAAAUUGCGCGUAAAACUCUAUCGCAAAAUUCUUCGUAA